GGGGUCUUCCACUACCAAGCAAAGACAGGCGAGAAAGGACCGUCGAAAGGUUCCUCCAAAAAGGGCAAAGGUUCAAGCCAGUCGCAGGCGGCUUCUUCUUCUACUUUCUCUAUCCAAGACAUUAUGUGGGAACAGGAUAGAAAACGCUCGCGUUCUUUGCGCAUGGAUCCAGCGACACAUACUGGAGCUGGAGGUUCGGUCUCCAGUGUUAGACCACCUCAGCAUGGCAUCAGAGGUCGCCAUUAAUUGAUCAUGAGUCAUUCACCGUGCUAUUCCCAAAUUGCAACGCAGUUGCCCUUGAUACAAAAUACCCAUCUUUUCGCCGCAGGCGAUCCUCGCAUGUUGCAGGCAACAUCAUUGAAUGAACUUUGUGCAGACAUCGCAGAUGCUCAUAAUAUAAGUUUCACC